GAAAUUCGCUCUCACAACAUCACACUGAACGAAAAACACGCACCCGAAGUCUAUCAUCUACGUCGGCGCUUGUUUUCCAGGCCAAUUUUCGGCCGAAUCGCCGCUUUUUUCGGCCGCUUGUGACACCGGAAGGACAGUUUCGCGACUCGGCAGACCGGAAGUGCCGAGGUGAGGACGAAAUUCGGACGAACGCCCACGGCAGGCAUGGAAACGGCGAAUUGCGCCGCGGCUUUUAGCUUGCCAGGCAUGUGCUUGGAGCAACCUUGCUAAAUUAGGUUUGAUUUUAGGAACUGACGCCUUUCAGGACACUCGGUCAUGAGCGAGGCUCCACCGCAGCCUAGCGCUACCUCUCCUUUGGCGAAGGUGGUCAAAGAAGGUUGGCUCUUCAAAAGAGGAGAGCAUAUUAAAAAUUGGCGAGCCCGUUACUUCCUGCUGCUCGAAGAUGGCUCGCUGGUCGGAUUCAAAAACAAACCAGACAACUUGCAAUCCCUGGGCGACCCGCUCAACAACUUCACGGUCAAGGACUGCCAGAUCAUGUCCGUCGACCGACCGAAGCCCUUCACCUUCAUCAUACGAGGCUUGCAGAUGACCACAGUCAUUGAGCGCACUUUCCACGUAGAAAGUGAGCAAGACAGGAAAGAUUGGGUGCAAGCCAUUCAGCAAGUGGCUGAUAAAAUCUAUGAAGACGAAACUGCCUCGGAAGGUUCAAUUGAUUUGCCUAAUUCUGGUGAUGCAGCCGUUGAUGAACUCAGUGCCAAAUUCUCCUUGACGGGCACGUCAACCACAAAAUCCUCAGGGAGAAAGAAAGUUACUCUAGAAAACUUUGAAUUCUUGAAAGUGCUUGGCAAGGGCACGUUUGGAAAGGUGAUUCUGUGCCGUGAGAAAGGAAGUGGACAUUUGUAUGCUUUGAAAAUUCUGAAGAAAGAUGUGAUAAUUCAAAAGGAUGAGGUGGCGCACACUUUGACUGAGAGCAGGGUUUUGCGUUCGACAAACCACCCCUUCCUCAUUAGUCUGAAGUAUUCGUUCCAAACAGUCGACAGACUGUGUUUUGUCAUGGAGUAUGUGAAUGGCGGGGAGCUUUUCUUUCACCUGUCAAGGGAGCGAUUUUUCAGUGAGGACAGGACGAGGUUUUACGGCGCCGAGAUUAUUUCAGCGCUUGCCUAUUUGCACAGUCAAGGCAUCAUCUAUCGAGAUUUAAAGCUUGAAAACUUGUUACUCGAUAAGGAUGGUCACAUAAAGAUUGCAGACUUUGGACUAUGUAAAGAGGCCAUAACCUAUGGACAGACAACCAAAACCUUCUGUGGAACACCAGAGUAUUUAGCUCCAGAGGUUCUCGAAGAUAAUGACUACGGCCGCGCUGUCGACUGGUGGGGUGUGGGGGUGGUCAUGUACGAAAUGGUCUGCGGCCGCCUGCCUUUCUACAACAGAGACCAUGACGUCCUCUUCACACUUAUCCUCAUGGAGGAGGUGAAAUUCCCUCGAAAUAUCUCCAGCGAUGCAAAGUCACUUUUAGCUGGCCUUCUGAUCAAGGACCCUAACAAGCGGUUAGGUGGCGGCCAGGAUGAUGCCAAGGAUAUAAUGAACCACCCAUUCUUUGUCAGCAUUAACUGGAAUGACCUUGUGCAGAAAAAGAUUCCACCUCCAUUCAAACCACAAGUGACCUCAGACACAGACACUCGGUACUUUGACCAGGAGUUUACAGGCGAGUCAGUGGAGUUGACGCCUCCGGAACAGGGCCCCUUGUGCAGCAUCACCGAGGAAAUGGAGCAGCAGCCAUACUUUUCACAGUUCUCUUAUCAGGAACCAAGUUCCACUCUGGGCGUGUCUGUGUCACAAAACCUGCAGCACUGAUGCAUUGAGACGUGAUCGGCACAGCUCCUCUCACACUACUUGAUACUUUUUCUUUUCGAAAAAGAAAGACCCCGCUUCAAUAAUUAUUGCAUUAUUUGAUCUGUGUAAUUUAUCGUAUACUGGUAAAGAUAGAUGCUUAAUUAUUUACAACUAGUUAAUUAAAUUGUAAGUGAAAAUGAGUAAUGUGCUUUAAAAUAAUGGCCUCAAAAUUAAAAUUGAUUUUUUAAGGUAUACACAUAUCUUUCUAGUUUCUUGCCAAAUGUUUAACAAUUGUGUUCCUAGUGAAUUAAUCAGGUUUAAUUUGUUGGCAGCAUACGUUAUUAUAACAUGUGGAUAGUUGAACAAUUAUGUCAUUUGACUUCAAUUUAUACAGGAAUGUUUUAAUUUAAUUUUAGGUAGGUUUUACAAGAUUGUUACAUGUGGGCAAGAUUUUGGAAGACAGUUGUAUACUUCACGCCAUGUUCAGAUAUGUGUUUGAUAUUUCCAUUGAAACAAUUCAGUCGGUCCGUUGUAUUUAUCACAAAUAUAAAUUUGACUAGUUUACCUUAUACUUAAUUUGUGGAAUUGUGUUAAAUGUUCAACUUUCCUGUAACCAUGUUACAUUAGUUUAAUAAAAAUUUGAUAUCAAGUGCAAA